AUGAUAGCUUCAUAUGAUCCCAAUGAAAGUUUUACAGAAAACCCAUCGGGUGACUUUUACUUCACCGAAGACGGGCCACGACCAAACCUCUUUCGUGACUCCAAGUCUCCUGAAUUCUCGAACACGCGAACGGACUCUGAAUUUGACUUUUCGUGUGAAGCCACUGACGUUCAGUUGAUUGAUUUGGAGACGUUUGAGGACUAUCCCAUCUUCGAGGAAGAGAAGGAGAACUUAAAGAAAGUGUAUGAUUACAUGAUGAGUCGGAAGAAGGAGCGAAAGAAGAACGCGGGGAAAGACAUGACACAGUCCCACUUGACUCUUUCUGUUUUGAGUUUUGUCCUCUUUUUGGAUUUUUUGUAUUUGGACGUGAAUAUGUUACGACUCAAACUUUUCACGAAUUAUUACGAGUACUACGUCAUCACUUUUUUGUUCUCGUUUCUCUUCAUCCAAGCACUCCAUUACGGGAUUUCAAAUAUCAUUUACUUCACCGGGAUAUUGUACGCGUUUGUCUAUAUCUACACAUUAACGCGGAACAUCGUCAUUGUCCAGAACGACAGAAAUAAACCGGACGUGAACGAGACGGGGUGGUUCUACUUCAUUAUUGGCCUCUUUACGUUGAUUGUUGUGAUAACCCUCUUCCAUAAAUAUCUGAUGCCAUUUGUCCAAAAGUACAUUCUUUCACGAAUCACAGCGCUGAGGUAUACCACCAAGAAAGUUGUGUCGAAGACGACACAACAGACGAAGUACGAGUUUGAGAACGGAAAGAUCAUUUUUAUGAUUAAACAGUUAGACCAGCACAAUUUAAAUAAAAUGAGUGGAUUUGGGACGUGGGUGGACAACUCGUUCCAUGGAGAACACUUAGACGGCUAUUUUGAUUUGGGUAUUCCAGUCGGUCCUUUCAAGUCGGUUGAGAGUAAAACGCCGAACAUUUUCAAGUCCAUUCGGAUCAUUUUUGCGUCGAAUGCUGGCGGGAAAUUAUUCAUCGAAAAGACGAAAUUGGGGUAUGGAGUUGCCAGUGUCGAGUGUUGUGUCUCUGGGGAGUUCUAUAUGAACUAUCCUUUAGUCAAUUACAUACAAGAAAAGGUUGAGUGUUCAUGCCCCAAGCGCAUGUGUUUCUGUGUCGACCAAAUCAUUAAAAAGCACUUGUACUUCCACUUGGACGAAAAUGCGCCCGUCACAGCAAUUAAUGUUUUUGUAGACCAAAAUGAGAAGUGUUUGUACCUCCCGGGGUACUCGACUAAAGAUCAAAAGAAGCGCAAAGAAGUUGUAGUGACAGUAAAUAAGUCGAAGAGUGCAUUGAGCGUAGAUAGCCAUUGGAUAUCUCUCGCAGAGUCGAUUUCAGAAGGCAAUAUAGAGGCUCUGUUAUUCAUUCAUGGGUUGGAUCACACUCUCUAUGACGCUUUAAGAAGAAUGGGACAGAUGCUUGCUUUAGGUAACUUUCCUCAACAUAUCGUCCCGUUUGUAUUCAAUUGGCCAUCAUCACAGAAUGCGGCGUGUUAUUACUGUGCUGCUAAUAACGCGUGUGAUAGAAACCAACAUAGAGACUUUUAUAACUUCUUGAAGUCCCUUGAGAACGCGGGAGUGAAGAGAAUACAUAUCAUGUGCCACUCUUUGGGGUCGAAAUUCUUCAUGCAGAGUUAUCUGCUUGUCCAGACGCUGUUUGAAAAAGUCGAAAAGAAGAGAAACGAGUCGAAUUCGGAAGUCAGUGAGAACGACGACGAGAAGAGUGUCGAGAGAGACACUCAACGAAUGAAAUUUGCGAAUCUAAUUCUGCUAAAUUCAGACUACGAAGUAGACACCUUUGUCGAUGACUAUAAUGAACUCAAAGAACGGUGCGAACACGUCACUAUUUAUGCAGAUCAAAGAGACUCUGCAUUGUCCGUGAGCAAUUUCUUGACAAAGAAAAAUCGACUGGGAGCAAAUAUCACGCCUUUGAUGUCAAAUGGCGUUGUUUUAGAAAACAUUGAUAUCAUCGACACGUCAGAGCUCGAUAGAAACAUCAACGAAGCGAGACAUGGAUUCUUCAACAUCAACAAAGUGAUGAUCGACGACAUUUUCGAUAUAGUGGUCAACUCAAAAAAGGCUGAAAACCGCGUCACACGUCUACUGAAAGUCAAUGGAAUAUACAGAUUUUCUCUCCUCCCAAGUUUCUCACAGAUGCGGUUCUCGUCAGUCGAGAAGAAAUAG